CUAUAGAAAACUUGCACGCCGUGUGUACGGUCUGUUAUUCAAUUUCAAAGUAUUUAUUUAUUUAUUUAUUUAUUUAUUAUAGAGAAGUGUUUGUUUUCUGUGUGUACUUCUAUUAUUUAUAUAUCUUUCAAUUGUUUAGUUAUUCUUUUAUUUUAACAUUUACCGCUUAUUUAUUAUUUCAUUUUCGUUCAUAUUUUUUUUUAACAAACCGAAUGUUUGCAGGACUGUAGGGUUUUAUUUUAAUGACAAUAUAGUUUUGUCUCGAGGAGGCUACGUCCUUGGUACCCUGUUCUGCUGUUAUUAAGUGUUUCAUGUAGUAUUCUUUUAGCACAGAAAUAUACUGAUUUUAUAAAACACAUGGAUUGUUACAGGGCAUGUAAGUACAGAAAAAUAUAACAAGGGUUUCUUGAGAACAUUUUUAAGUAUUUUGGAUAAUUCAAUAUAUAGCAGGAUGCGAUAAUCAUCGACCUGGAAGAUGUUUAAAAAUACAUCCUACGUAAGAACUGCAUAUUUUUGAAAUCGUACGAUAGUAUGACAUUGAAAUAAUUUCAAAUGUGAUAUCUUCUCUGGUUCAUUGCGUGUCAAAAUACUAUAUUUUUACUGAUAUUACGCGCACUUUUGAUAUUCGAUAGUAUAUCAACGUUAACUAUGAAUAAAUUAUGGUAAAGUUAGAUUACCACAGCUAUCAUUUAAUCAAAAGAAAAAGCGACGUAAAUAUUUCGCUAUUUAUGAAAAGGGAAUUUUAAAACGUCUUCAAAUUUCAAAUUAAGUUUCAUAUUUUAGAUGUUUUUAUCAGUUAUAAAAAGUUCAGUAAUUUUAUUUCGAUGAUUAAAUAGGUUUUAUAAAAAAAAUGAAUAAAUAUUUCAAACAGUAGCAUUAAGUGUCUAAAGAAGACGACUUUGUCUACAAUAGUAGCAGUUUGUGUAGUAAACUAAAAGUGAAUUGACUAAAUAAUGAGCUGGACCUUAUGACUACAUGAAAAUAGACGGUUUUAUCUUUCUUCUGAUUUCCUGUAGUUCUUACUAAAAGUAUAAUACUUUGAAAAUGAUUCCUUUUUUAGUAUAUUCAUGGGGCUUUUUGUUUAAAGGGGAGAAGCUAACUGGACAGUUUAAUCAGAUAACACGAAGGUUUUAAAAUAAGCUCCGGGGAAAGGUCACGUUUAUAAUAAACCAUGUUAUCUAACCUUCAUCAUAUCUUUAAUUCUUGUGUAUUCUUCGUUAAAUUAACCGAAAAUCAAAUACACAAUGUCGAAAGAUAAAACUAGUUAUGUGAAAUGUGCCCAAAAGAAAUCAAAGACUGAAGAUCGUUGUAGCUUAACUGAACACGAGAAACCUGUGGAUAUCAAAAACUAUGAUUCAGCAGAAAUAAUUGGUUCAAAAUGGUUAUGGACAGAACAGGAAUCGGAUAAAGUUUUGAGCCGACCAACUUCAGACGUUGGAGAACAUGGGCCAAGCUCUGGGUUUAGAGGAGCACACUUGGACAUUUCGCCAUUAAGGUCGCCGCUAAGCAAGCAUAAUGACAGUGAAGACUUGUUUACUCCAAUAAACGACAUCAUGAGUCUACAGAAUGAACAGAUGUUGCCAAACAGUUCCAGUGGUAGUUAUAUUGGAGCCCGCCCAAAGACGACUUUGACAACUAAUUCUUUGCGACAGACCUUUAAAGGGAAUCUAAAGAGGGCAAAGAGUCUAAAUGUAGUGGAAGAAGAAAUUAAAGCCGAGGAGGGUAAUGGCGAAGAAACUCUUGAAUUUUCCGAAAAUGAUAAAACAAGUGAUUAUGAUACAAUGCAUCGAAAUGAUAUAUCAGACGAAGAAUCCAGCGGUGAUGAAUUCACAGAAUUUAUUGCAACCCGAAGGAUUUCUUGUAGUGUGCCGGAUCUUCGCCCGAAAGGGAAACAACAUGAUGACGAAAUCAGGGAUUUGAGACCGCUUCAAAAGUGCUACUUCUUCAAUGUUGAAAAAUCAAAGAAUGUGCAAAUAACUCCAGAAAAAGGGACUGCUACAAUCACUGAAACGCCGGUUUCUAACAAUCUGAACUCUCGUCAUUUGAGUGUAUUGAAAAGUGUGCGGGAAACAAAGCCACAAAUAGAGACUGAGUUGUUUAAGGGUGGUCAGAAGUAUUUAGAUCGAUCAAACAAUCUCCCGAUGGUCAUAUUCAAGGGAUCAGGAUAUGGAUGUGAAUUCGCUGCAAAAAUGCUUUUUGAAAGAGUUGUUUCUGCUAGAAGUGAUAACAAGACAAAAGCUUAUUACUUAAGAAAACCAGAUGAAAUGAGUCAUAUAGGUCAUGAAGAGAAGGCAGUAAUACUUGUGUUAGACAUAAAUGGUCCCACCGGUACAGAUACGACACGGCUGGACGACUGGUAUGAAAUACUAAAGGAACGAAUGGCAACUGGAACACGGACAAGAGGAAAUCUCACUUUCAUUAUGACCCUCCAAGACUCUGAUUUGCCACAGGAUAAAACGCAUCCACUGUUACGUAAAUACAGUGAAUAUAUUGUAGAUGCUGCUAGAAAGCAAUACCGACCGUCAAGCGCAACAAAAGAAAAGCUGGUGGAAGCUUUUAUGAGGCAGAAACACUUACGAGUCAACCCCGUGAAAAGCGGAUCUCCAAAUCCAGUAUCUAAAGUAGGAACGUUCACGUUAAUUGACAGAGAUAUUGUUGAUGGUAUCGUUCCUUUGUUGGGAAGCGUUAGAUGUAUUGGUAAACUUGCUGAAUUUUUCAAGUCGGAUUUGUCAGAAGGUUUAAAUACCCUCAGAAAUCCAGUUCCAGAUGUUGUGCAAAGGAUACGAGAGUCUUACAAAGAAGGAGGCUCGCUGUUCCUGACUCUUUUAGCAGUCCAUGCCCAUGGGGGUCACCUUGGAGUAGGACGCUUAAAUCAAAUGAGAAAGCUGAAUGAGCAGACAGAGAAAUUUUGGUAUUCAACUGAUAAUAUUGACAAAAUGUCGAAAAACGGAUCUAAAAAGAUAGAAAAGCUAUUUGGUAGCACGGAAUUGCAACACCUCUUUCGGUUUGCAAAGGAGAACAACCAUCUACUUAACCUUGGGGGCAAUUUACAGAAGUAUGCAAGUCGUUUAGACGGUGAAUUCCUGGCGGAGAAUAAUGACGUCUACAGAUUUUGUGAUGGCCGAGUUUUUUACUCGUUCCUGCUUGUAUAUUGUGAAAUGUACCCCGAUGCACUUGAACAUGUUGAAGACAAUUUUUUCUUCAACUUUGUAAAAUCAAGUAGAAACACAUUUGAAGACGAAAAAGAUGUUUUCUUGGGAGUCGAUGACAGGAAACUGAACAUCAGAACCAGGGCGGUUAUGAAACGUUUCAAGAAAGAAAUGAUGUUGAGGCAUAUUGUCAAAUGUAUGAGACAUCCGAUAAUGAGUACAUCGUUUUUCCAGCUCUUCUUAAAAUAUCUUGGAGAAACGAAACACUUGCUGUGGAAAGUACUCAAACAACAAGACUGCGAUCCAAAGGAGUCAUACUCGUGUCUUUAUCAUGGAAUGUCGGAGGAGCAAGAUACAUUAAAAGGUGAACCAAGAAAUGUCACUGAAGUCAUUAUCCUUCAUGAUAUUUGGAAGAAGAAACGAAAGAAACCUAAGUGGAUGAAAUGGACAAAAUCACAAGAAGUAGAGAGUCUGAUACGUGCAGCAGAGCUAUGUAACAGUCAGACUUUUAUCCUAAUGGUUAAAAGGGGCGCGGAAAUUCCUAUUACUGCUUUAAAAAAGGCAGUAGAUGUCGGGGCAGUAGAUAUAAUAGAAUUCAUCAACAAUAAUGCAGUGUUUACCCAACAUGAAUGGUAUGAGGCCGCACAGGAUGCAGCAAAAGCAUUAAGUAAUAAAACACCAUCACAACCAUUGUUUCAAGCUUUAAUGUCAGUGGUCAUUAAGACUGAUGAAAACACCGGGUCCGAAGAUAUUCCUCCUUUGAUCCAUCACGCAGUACAAAUUAACGAUGCGACAUUACUUCGAAAGUUAGUCGAAGGAGAUAUUGGGAGAACCGAUGUUGACAUCAAUAAAGUGUACAAAGGAGAAACACCUUUGACCGCUGCCACGCGACUUGGAUUUCGAGAUAUUGUAUCUAUACUCCUAGAUAAAAACGCAAAUCAGAGCCAGAAGGAGGUAUUUAUUGCAUCAGCUAAAGGUCAUGAUGAAAUCUUAAAGCUUUUUAUUCGUGCAAACCCUGCAUCGCGUUUAGCAGAGGACUCAGAAGGACUGAUACCAAUAUUCCAUGCAGUUUCUGGCGGACACUGUGAUACAGUAAUGACACUCCUCUCCAAGCCAGAGGUUUUGUCUCCAUCGGCAGAUGUAUGGCAACCACAGAAAGUUGUUACAGCUGAUAAAUCCUCAACGCUAUGGAGUAUCAGACAGCGUCAAAAGACUAACCAAGAAAGACAAACCGCACUCCAUAUUGCCGCAGAAAAUGGACACAAAGGAAUAAUUUCACUUCUUCUUGAGCACGGGUUCGAUGUGAAUGCAAAAGACUGUAACAGCGAAACGCCACUUAGUUUGGCUUGUAAGGGUAGACACACACACGCUCUAAGAGUUAUUUUGAAUGCCUGGAACGUACAAGGACACUCGCAAGAUGAAACGGUUAUGAUGCGCGUAGUUCAGAGUGGUGAUGUAGAGGUCAUGGAAUUGUUGAUUGAAUAUGGAUUUCGAAUCAAUUUUGUCAAUCAGCAAUACGGAGUACCUCUUCACGUGGCGAUACAAUACGGUAUGCAUGAAAUGGUUCGGUGUCUUCUCUUGAAAGGAGCCGAUCCAAAUAUAGAACAAGAUGGUUUCCGACCUCUUCACGUUGCAGCAGGGAAAGGUGACGUUGAAGUACUGAAAAUGUUAAUGGAAUUCGGGGCCGACCCUCUUAAAGUGACUGGUGCAAAAGGAGACAGCAUUAUUCAUUUGGCAACUGAACAAAAGCAUGGCAAUUUUAUAAAGACAGUAUUUCAGAUGUCGGACUGCUUACCCUUGAUUGAUAUGAAGAACGCUAAUCGUGAAACAGCUUUACAUGUAGCUUGCAAACAAGGUUGUCUCUCUCUUACUACAUUGCUACUUCAGACUGGUUUUAAUCCAAAAUUACCUAACAGGAGUGGCUUUAUUCCUGUAGUCUUAGCGGAACAAGGACUGAAAAAGUCUAUAAAUAGUAAGAACACCAAGAAAUGGAAUGCAUUUGCUGACUGUGUCCGGAUACUGCAAACCUGGUCAGAAAUGUUUCACAUAAACGCAUUCAGUGUUUCAAGGGAAGUAGGUGAUGAUUUCUAUGUUAUGCCUCUUGAACUAAUUGAUCCGCAAGUACCCAACACAUCUGAUGAUCUGGAACAUGGGGUAAAUACCAGUAACUUAGAACGUUCUGACAUUCUUGACCAGUUUAAUUUUCUCGUCUUGCCUGGAACCAAAGCAUACUGUUUACCUGAUGCUGGGAAAGAUCCGACUGCACACUCAAGGUAUCGUACCUAUGCAACUCUUAGGAUGAUAGCCAACAGACACUGCUCAAACUGUGAGUUUACAAUGUCAAAGAAGGAAGGGCCAAACAGUUUUGUGAAAAGUAUUAAAGAAACUUAUAAACGCUUAACGAAGGAUAAAGUUUGGGAAGAUGACACAUCUAGUGACAACGAAAAACAAAGUGAUGUCCAUAACCAAUACAGAAAUUUGCUUACAGAAAAUGAUUCGAAUACACAAGAUUCAACACAAUCAAAAUCAGAUACCAGUAAAUCAUUGCCUUCAACACAUUGUGAAGAUUGUUCAUCGUUGGAGUCACAGUUACUAGACGCAUCCAAAGUUAGCACACUCGACACAGGCAAUGGGGUAUCAUAUUAUCUUGGUGCUCGACCAAAGAUACAAAGGCAGUCUAGUGACACUUCAGCGGGCUAUGCUGAGAGAAAUUCCUUCAAGCGGAAUAAAAGAAAUACUUUCAAAGACAACAGAUGUUACAGCAUUGGUUGGGAACAUGAUACAGUUGAUGAUUCCACGAAACAGGCGUUUCAAUGGAAACAAGCUGAUAUCCCAAGAUCGACAGUAGACAGAGAGAAUGAGGAUGAUGUCAACCAGUUAGAGGAAGAAACAAGUGAUUAUGAAAGUGGAUAUCCAACUAUACAAAGGCAGCGUCCCUCUGAUGAUGAAGAAAAUGAGUGUUUUGCUAAAUCAAGGACUUUCCACAGCGUUCCUGAUCUUCACUCAAAGGCGAAACUUGAUGAGGAACGAAAGGAUAAUAAGCCAAGGUUCUGCAAUAUCAUCAAUAUAAACCAUUCAAGGGAGAUUAUUGUUUCCCCAAAUGACGGUUCCGCUAACAUUAACAAAACCUCUACAACGUUCAACCAGCCACUUGGAAGGCAUGGAGAAAUGUACAAAUCUGCAGAAGAUCGAAAAACUAGAAUGCUGAAAACGUUUGACCAGACGCAACCAAAGGUAGAGACGGAAUUAUUUAAAACAGGAUUAGCAUAUUUGAACAGGAAAACAUAUUUUCCAUUGGUUAUCUUAAAAGGAUCGCAAAGCGGUUGCGGAUUUGCAGCCAAAAUGCUCUUCGAAAAUAUUACCUCAACUGACACUAGCAUUCAAAGUUACGUUCUGAAAACUGCUGAAGAGGUAAGAUUAAUAGACGACAAUAGAAAAUCUGUGAUACUUAUCAUAGAUGCCAAUGGGGGAACUGGGAAGGACAGCAAACGGUUGGACGACUGGUAUGAAAUUCUGGAGGAAAGAAUGCCCAUUGGAUCUAAGGAACAGGGAAACCUAACUGUUAUUAUGACAGUAAAUGAUUACUCUGGUAUGAAACAUCGCAUUUUAACUAAAUACAGAGAUUAUGUUAUAGAUGCAUCAGAAAAAGCAUACAGACCAUCGAAUGAAACAAAAGGAAAACUUGUAGAUGCUCUAUUGAAACAGGGAAAUAUCAGAGUUAUUUCCAGUAAAGGUGGGUCUUCGACUUGUGGAAAAAAGGAAAAAAGAAAAAUCUCUUUCAUCGACAAAGAAACAGCAAACGGUAUUGUUUCAGUCCUCGGCAGCAAAGGUUGUAUCGGUAAACUCACAGACUUUUUCUCAGGGCACUUCUCCGAAGGUUUAAACUUUCUAAGGAAGCCAAUACCUCGGACGGUUCGAAAACUACGUAAGCUCUACCGAGAAGGAAGUCCACGUUUUCUUGCCCUUUUGGCCGUGCAUGCCCUCGACGGACAUCUUAUGAGCAACGGUAACCAGGGUAAAAAAGGUGAUGAACCUUACCAGAAGCCUUGGCAUUCAAUGAUUAACAUAGAUAAACUGUCUAAAAAGAAAUCUAAAGCGUUGGGAAAAUUGUAUGAUGGUUUGGAUGUACAACUACUUUAUAGGUUUGCAAAGGACUAUGGGCAUCAAUGUAAUCUAGGAACCACUUUACGAAACGUUGCCUGUCAACUUGACGGAGAGUUUCUCGAGCUGACUGAGGACCAGUUCAGGUUUUCAAAUGGGAGAAUAUAUUAUUCCUUUUUGCUUGUUCUCUGCGAGUCGUAUCCCAGAGCACUUGAGAAUUGUGAGAGCGAGUUCUUUUUCAACUUUGUCAAGUUACGUAAAUUUGCAUGCGAAGAGGAACGCGACACAUGCAUGCUGAUAGAUGACAAAAAAUUAGACAACUGGACAAGAUCAGUUUGUAACCGCUUUAGAAAGGAGCUGAUGCUGAAACAAGUUGCCAAAUGCAUGAAGCAUCCUGUCAUGCAUCCGAGUUUCUUUAAACUCUUUAUGAAAUUUCUAGGCGAAACACCACACUUGUCGUGGAAGGUCCUGAAACAGCUAGAUUGUGAUCCGAAAGAGGCAUAUUCAUGCCUUUACCAUGGAAUGGCUCAACAUGAAGUGAAUAACGAUGCCAAGCAAAGGAAUAUCACAGAAGUAAUCAUUGGUCUCGACAUCUGGAAGAAAAAACGCCGAAAGCCAAAGUGGAAAGAGACGACGACUACACAGGAGCAGGAAACACUGAUACAUGCAGCGGAAAUGUCUAAUGUCCAGACAUUUCGUCUCUUAGUAGAUUCAGGAGCAAACAUUCCAGUAUCUGCUUUGAAGAAAGCGAUUGAUGUAGAAUCAGAAGAAAUUAUUGAAACCAUAUUGGACGCUGACAAAUUCAGUAAAGGACAAUGGGCUGAAGCUGCACAUCACUCCGUAUCAAAACUAUGUAUGGAACCAUCUUCAGAGCGCUUAGUCCAGCUUUUGAAACACUUGGUCUCCAAAUCAGACGUUAUUUCUGGAGUUGAGGGACAGCCACCUUUGAUUCACUGGAUGGUUCAAAGUAACCACUCGGAGAUGUUACGAAUGCUACUAGAAGGCGAAAUUUUAGAUUCAACAGUUGAUAUCAACAGUAUGUAUAACGGCGAAACACCUUUGAUUCUCGCUGUACGUUUAGGUUUGAAAAACAUUGUUGACGUUCUGCUACAGCACGAUGCAAGGCCAAGUCAAACAGAGAUAUUUAUUGCAUGCUCCAAAGAAGAUACCGAGAUUUUAAGUCUUUUGUUAAAAAAGCGUCCUGCGUCUGUCUAUGAGGAGGACGCAGAUGGGUCAACUCCACUAUUUCAUGCAGCGUCAAAUGGACUAUUAAAAACCGUUCAACUUCUUCUUUCAAUAUCGAAAGAAAAUUUGCUACAAUGUGUCGGAGCGCAAAUUUACGACAAGAGACGAAUUCCAUUGUGCGUUUCAGCUCCAGACUUACAAACCAGAAACAAUACAGGAAAAACGGCUUUGCAUGUUGCUGCCGAGUACGGACAUACUCAGAUUAUUGAAGAGCUUAUCAAAUGCGGAUUUGAUGUUAGUAUGACGGAUAAUGUAAGUGAAACACCCCUCCGCUUAGCAUGCAGAGGUAAGCAUACACAAGCAAUACGAAUCAUAUUAAAUCAGUGGCAGCUGAAAGGGUUACCAGUCGACGAAUAUGCCAUGGGGCUAGUAGUUAAGGAUCGGGAUACUGAACUAGUGCAGAUGUUGAGUGAGUAUGGUUUUAACGUCAUAUUUAAAAGUUGUGAAUUUGGAGUACCUUUGGUAGACGCUAUCGAAAAUGGAUCACAUGAUAUGGUUCGAUGUAUCCUUUCAAAUGAAGGCAGUUCUGAUAUAGAGCAUGCCGGGAAGCGACCUGUCCAUUUUGCAGCAGAUAAAGGCGAUAUUGAGACGCUAAAGCUUCUGGUUGAAUAUGGUGCAGACAUAGUGGCGAAGUCUACUGGGAACGGUGAUAGUAUCAUUCAUAUUGGAGUAGCGAGGAAUCAUUUGAGCUUUGUCACGGCCGUAUUUGACAUGCAUGAAAGCAAGAGAUUAAUUGAUAUGAAAAAUUGCAAUGGAGAAACUGCUUUGCAUAUAGCUAGCAAGAUGGGUUAUACGUCUAUACUUACGUUCCUGCUUAAAACCGGAUUUAAACCUAAAAUCCCUAACAAAAGAGGUGUUCAUCCAGUUGUUUUAGCCGAGCAAGGUUUAGAAGUAGCUAUCAAAAAUAGGGACAACCCUAAAUGGGAGAGAUACGUUGAGUGCGUAAAAAUACUAAAGGAAAAUUAAUCUGAUCGGUAAAGCUUGGAACACCGCUCAGUUUUGUAUUGUAGACAGUGACUGGGUUUAACCUAUAUGUAAACGUUGUAUCGUCUUUAUUGUGUGCAUCAUAAUCUAAAUUAACAGCUACAUGGGGACGAAGUCUAGUAGUGUCUUUAUAAAAAAUGUUUCACAAAACGCCCUCGUGAAAACGACUUGGUAUAAUGUAUAAACAUUCUAAAUUUGAUAUAUUUAUCCUCAGAAUUUGUUAAUAGUGCUGUGAUAAUGUUGUUUAUAGCACACAUGAUGCAAAACUAUACAUGCAUAUAAACUUAACCAGGCAGACAGAGAUAUGUAAAACGUGAGUUGCAGAUUUAUAGUCAUUAGAAGGAUUUUACAUGUAAAUGUGGCUAAUAAAAUAUAUAGAUACUGGACCAAUGUUUUACUACCUAUAUGGCACAUAUGUGUAAACCUUUACUUAACACAUUAAAACAAAAUUUCAAUUUAGAAGUGAAAACUUAAUAUCUUGAUAUUGUACAUGUAACAUUAAAGAGCAAACAUUCAAAAUAAAAGUAUUUGGAAGUGUAUAUGGUACCAAUAACGCUAGAAAAUUUAUAGUUAUAUCCAUAGAUAUUACGUUAUGGCAAGUUUGUAUGUAUGUAUGUUAUUCAUUACUAAAGGGUUGUGCUUAUUUAAUCAGGAAAUAAUUUUAUUCUGUAAAUAACGAUAAAUAGAACAGAAAGACAAAACAAUUUCUUGCUUCUUGUUUCUUGCUUCAAUUUCACACCAACACAGUUAAAGAUCAUAUUGCUAAUGGUAAAGGAAGACACUACAUGCACCACUGAGCUUUACUUCAAGCACAGGCGGUUAUCUUGGUAGAACCUCCGGCAGUAAACCAACUGGAUGGCAAAAUAGAAAAGGAAUUUAGCAGCCUCUAUAUAAAACGUACUGAUCAUACAGGCAACACGAGUGUAAAUUCCUAAAUAUUUUAUAGAUGCUAAUCACUAUUUUUAUUUUUGAAAUGUUAUAUGAUGAACAUCUGUAUGAACCACUCUUUAUAAAAAGCCAUUAGAGGAAAAUGUUGCCAGAUUUUCUGUAGUUAAUGAUUCCGUUAUUUCCUGUGAAUAACUCGCACCUUUGUACCAUAGAAGCCAUUUUCGCUCCGCUUUUUAUAUGUAAAUGAAUAAAUCGUCACAAAUGCUAUUAUUUAGAACAUUAUUCAUAAAAGUAUGCAUGAUACAUUUAUUCAUUUGAAACAAGUACUUGUGCAAAUAUUAUAUGCCUUUAGAGCAUGCUGUAUGAAUAUGAUAUGCCAUAAAAUAUAUUGUGUAAAUAUUGUAUGCCAUUGGAUCAUGUUGUGUGAGUAUGAUAUGCCAUUAGGUCAUGUUGUGUAAAUAUGAUGUUUUAUUAACAUUAUAUACCAUAACUAAAUGUUAUAAAGACGCUAAACAUGUUGUACAACCGUCUGUUUUGUGCCAUUAGAACAUGUUUCAUUUGUAAAUAUAUGCCAUUGCAGUAAGUUAGAGCAUGUGUUGUAAAUAUUAUAUGCAAAUAGGUCAUGUUGUGUAAAUAUGAUAUGCCGUUAGAGCAUGAUGUAUAAAUGUCAUAUGCCAUUAUAUAAAUAUUGCAUUCCUGAGAGGGUGAUAUGAAAAAUGUUCACCGCGAGAUAUAUGAAUAUUGACCGAGGCGCCAGCCGAGGUCUAUAUUCAUAUUUCGAGGGGUGAACAUUUUUCAUAUCACCCUCUCAGGAAUGCAAUAUUUAUUUUAUUAUACCGAAAGCUUAUAAGGGUCAAAGCAUUUACUGGAAAAUCAACAUAAUAAUUUAUUUAACAUUAAAAAGUAAUUACUAACCAAAUAAUGAAGACAGAUUUAAAGAGUCUUAAAUUUACUUGUUAGCACUCAUAAUUUGUGGCGACUUUGCUGUGUAAUAAGACUUUUUUUGGAUAGAUUUAGUCGAGACGUUUACAUAUCGCUGACCCCUAUAUUUAUUCUAAUAUUUCAACAUUGCGUCAAUCAGUAGCAUUCGAGAAACGGCGAUAACCUCAUUUUUUUCUAAAUGAAACAUAUAAAUGUGAUCACUCAUUUUCUUAGUUAGAUCAUUUCAAAACGUAGUUUCGAUUCAAUAUUUGAUGAAAAUUAUUUUUCGAAAUAUUUUGCACGUAGCAUAAAAAAAGAACAUUCGGCCGUGUUCGCACAUGCAAGAGCACCAUAAAAGGGUAAUUUAAUCCUAACGUAUAAUUAUGUAAGCGCCUCGUCUGAAAAUUUAUCGACUCAGUCUUUUAAUCAAUGCGAAAGCAUCAAUCUCUCAACGGGUGAUAUGAAAAAAACAAUAUCACAUGCGCAAACCAAAAUAACGCUGUUGCGCAUGUGAUAUGAAAUUAUUGAUCAUAUCACCUGCGCAGAAAUUGAAAAUAACGAUUUUGCGCAUGUGAUAUAAAAUCACUGGAGAAUAUGAUAUAUUAUUCAAGUUAAACUAAUGGGAAAAUUUGCAUUGGACAUUUAUGUGAGGUAUAAUAAUAUAAUAUAUUGUAUAAAUAUCAUAUGCUAUUAGAAAAUGUUGUUCAAUAGUAUGUGCCAUAAGAGAAUGUAUUAUAAUUAUGUUAUGUUAUUAGAUUCAUGUAUGGGUAAAUGGAAAUCAGUAGUUAAUAAGCGCAUCGAAGAUAAUCAUUUAGCACUAUGGGCAGCAAGAAUGAACUUAUCUCCAGAUUUCGACAGGUUUAGCAUAUAUUGGAAAGGUAGAUACUGCUGUUAUUUACAUGUGUACUUGCAAUGAAUUUACACCGGGAAUGGCCCAGUGUAUUGCAAAUGUUUGGAUACAAGUUCUGAUAUUGCUUGAAUAUCGUAAAUAACAUAAAUAUGAAUAAGGUAAUAGAAUGUUCAAACUGACUUACACCAAGAUAUGAAUUAUAAAUGUAGACUACUGAUAGAAACCUUUGAUAUAGUGAUUAUCCAAGAACUUAGACAUAUGAAUCAGUAGAGGAAACUUCCCGUUUCGGAAAUCAUUUAUGGGUUUUUCCUUACUUCCUGAACGGGAAACUUGUUACUUUUUAUAGUAACAUGCUUCCCGUUCGGGAAGCAAUAUCGCAAGUUUUAGACCCAUUUCAUUCAAAAUAGCCGGUGCAUAAGAAUAUACACAAGAUCUGCAAAUUGAAUAUGCCACAGUAAAUUUGAAUGAUAUAUCUAAAUUUCUACCGUUCACAAUUUUUUUAAUGUCUUAUUGAUUUUUUUAUUUGACAGUGAAAUUGACCAUUUUCUUCAGAAAUUGCUUAAAAUCAGAGUUUCCCGAAUUGGAAACCUAAGUUCCUGAUCGGGAAACCUAGCCUUUAAGUUACUUCACAACCAGGAAAUUGAAAGCAGACAUUCAGAAAAGUUAUUCUUUUAUUUUGUUAUAAAAAGCAAUUAUUUCAAAUUUCAAGUUUUCAGGGAGUUGUGAUCCUGUAAUUUGAUGUGUCUGGUGCCCCAAGAUUUUAACAGACUCAUAUGAGUUUGGGUCAAUUAUUUGAAUAUUUACUUUAGACAAAUUCCAAGAUUUUGUCUUGUGUGACUCCAGCAUAGUUUCUGACGUAAAUGUAUCAUUUCUUUCUCCUUUUAGUUUGUCUGAUUUUAAAAAAAAAUCUAUGUAUUGAGGUAUUGUCGUCACUUGAUCGUUGGCGUUGGUGUCUGCGUUUGUUAAAAAUUUUGUUUAGGUCCACUUUUUCUCAAACAUUGUAAGGGUUACAGCUUUAAAACUUUGCACAUUAGGGGACUAUGUAUGCCUAGAACCACAACUCUGAUAUGCAUUUUGAUAAAAUAAUUGCCCUUUAUUGUACUUUGAAAAUUAUAGUUUCUUGGUUAAAUUUUUUGUUUAGGUCAAAAACUAUAAGAGCUACAGUUUUGAAACUUUGCACACUUGUUUAUCAUCGAUAUUAGGGACUAUAUAGUUCAAGAACAAUAACUCUAAUCUGUAUUUUGUCAAAAUUACGGACAUUUUUGUAGACUUAGAAAAUCCCAACUAUAUCUUUUUAAGAUCUCUUGUAUGUGUUACUACAUAAUACACAUGUUAUUUCUUUACUUUUCUGUUGUUCAGUUUUUAUCAUUGUCAGUACUAUCACAGAUAUUGCAUUCAACAAAUGCGGAUCUCUGCUCCUCAAAAAUAAUCUUCUUUGCUGAAACAAAUGUACAAAUAUUCAUAAUGUGGGUCAUAAAUUGAACCAUGAUACUAGCCUGUUUUGUUCUUUACACCUUGUUUAUAUAAGUUUUCACUAUAUACUAAUGUUCUGAAUUCAAAUCUACUGCACAAAAUGAUGUUACAACUUAUGCAUUAACUUUGGUAUCAGCUUUAAUUGACCAUGUUUUUCCAACUAUUUGAUCAUUGUCAAAGGCUCCUAUACAGUAAGACAGAAGAUAUUUCAGUUGCUAAGUUCCUGUGAUGUCAGCCGCUUCAUUAACGUAAUAUAGCAACCAGAUGAAUAACAAGAGCUGUCCAUAAAACAGCAUGCUCAACUUUUGUCAGUGCUUGACCCUGAAUUAGAGCUUUGCAAGUACAAAUUUUAACAGUCAAAAUUCAAAUCAGAGUUAUGAGGAUUGUUUCUCCUAGUGAAGACUUUGAUAGUAAAUAUCUAUUUAAUUUUCAAGUCAAAAUCUUUGAUAUUAACAGAGAUAUUUGACUUGAUCAAAAACUUUAACAAAAAAAAGUCUACGUUAAAAAGGGGUAUAACUCUGUUAAACUUCAAAUCAGUGUUAUGGGAAUUGUUUCUCCUGGUGUAGACUUUGAUAGAAAAGAACUAUUUUAAUCUUUGAUAGUAACAGAGAUAUCUGACUUUAUCAAAAACAUUUACACAACAAAAUCAAAGUUUAAAAGGGGCCUAACUCUGGCAAAUUUCAAGUUAUGAGGAUUGUUUUCUGGUAUAGACUUUGACAGUAAAUACCUAUUGUAAGUUUCAAGUCAAAAACUUUGAUAGUUACAGAGAUAUUUGACUUUAUCAAAAACUUUAACAAAAAAUCUAAGUUAAAAAGGAGAAUGACUAUAUCAUAAGUCAAAUCAGAGUUAUGUGGAUUGGUGUAGACUUUGAUAGUAAAUAACUUUUUUAAGACUGAAGUCAUAUUUUUGUUUACUUCUCUUUUUAGGUUUAAAACAGUCUGAAAGAGCAUUUGUCGCCUUUGCAUUUGGGUGUGCAGAAAAGGAAGACAUAUUAAGAGAUUGUAAUUCUGUAUCAGCUAUUAAUAGAGACAUGGAAUCCUUGAUUAACUUGGAUUUUGAUAAAUAUAAAAGUGAAAGAAACAAAGUAGUUACAUCUUUUGUUGAAGGUAUCACAUCUGAUACAGUGAAAACACAAAAUACUGCAAGAGCAUGUGCUGCAUUUGAACAGAUUUACAGUUUCAGGUAGAUGCAUCUUAUGGCCCCAGUUUUCUUUAUGACUAAUGUUUUACAAUAUCCAGUUUCCUUUAUGUUUAAUGUUUUACAAUAUCAAACAGCACAAGGUUAAUUGUCUGUCAGUAUUGGUUCUAAUCUUUAGCUCGAUUUUUAAAAGAAAAAAGUAGAGCUGGCGAUGGCGUCACCCUUGAUUAAAGUUUUUUAAAAGUCAAAUAUCUCUGUUCCUAUCAAAGCAUAAACUAGUAUUCCAAAACAAUAUAUACUCUGAAACCAAACCAUGAGCUUAUAGGACUUGUCACUGCUUAAAAUAUUUCUAUGUCAUUAUAAGUAAACCUCUUUCAUAUCAUAUCGUUAUGUUUUGUAAUACUGUUAUAUUAUCAUGUAUAAUAUGUUACCUAAAGAACAGACUUUAAUUUAAUAAUAUUUUUGGUUCUAGCAUAUGACAGUAUAUGUCAUAUUGUUUCCAUGUCAGUUGCCUUAAAGCUAUUUUUUCGAAUUUCUUAAGUUUGUUAAAAAAAUUUCAAUUUGAAAAAUACAUUUGGUAUCACCUUGACAAUUGAUGUUUUUGUAAAAUAUUCAUGUGAAGAAUACAAACAAUCUGGAAAAGCGUUAUGUAUCCCUCGUGAACAAAAUCAGAAUUUUACAUUGAAAAACAUCUAGCAUCAAACAUCAUCCUGCUUUUGGUAUUUCUAAAUAUCACUUUGUAUCAAACUAGAUACUGUGAAUUCAUUACUGAAAGAAAGAUUUGGCAUCAAUUAAGGUAAAACUUGUACCUAUACACAUGUGUUCAAUAGUAUCGGUCUGUGUUGCUUGAUCUACUUUCUUUGCAUUCUGUAUAAUAGUUUUAAAGUUUUCAAUGUAGGAGACACAGCCUUUGCAAUAUGACACUAGUUUUGUGAUUUUCAUAUUUAUGUAGCUUAUCAAGUUUUUUUCAGAUCUUCCUUUGAAAUGUUUCUUCUGGUUCUUAUGACUUCGUCUGGCUUGAUAUUCCAAUUAGUAUGAUAAAAAGAUGUACCACGCAAAUAAGAAGAAUUUCCUGAUCGGGAAGUUAGGUUUCCAAAUCGGGAAACUCAGCUUUUUUGCAGUUCAUUCAGAAAAAGGGCAGAUUCAAUGUGAAAUUAAAAAAAUACAAAGACAUUUAAAAAAGUUCUGAACGGUAGAAAUCUAGAUAUGCCUUUUAAAUUCAAUAUGGCAUAUUCAAUUUCGAGAUCUCAUGUAUAGUCUUAUGCACCGGGCAUUUUUAAUGAACCUACAUAAAAUAUAGUGGUUUUACUUCCCGAACGGGAAGCAUGUUACUAUAAUAAGUAACAAGUUUCCUGCUCGGGAAGUAGGGAAAACCCCGUAAAAGAUUUCCCGAUCGGGAAGUUUCCCCUACUGUGAAUGAAGAGACUUAAUUUGUAUUAAACUCUGCUUGGAAAACUCAUAAUGAAUGCACAUAUUUUAGAUCUGCAAAAGAAGUUCCUUAUUAUGUCUUACAAGUAUAUUGUUAAAUGUUUGUACAUCUAAGCAUUAGUAUAUAAGUAUUUGAUAUACUGAAAUCAUAUCCGCAGACUGUAAGCUGCUCAAUCAAGAGGUCGGGUUGCUUAUAUUUCGCUUUCGCGAAAGCACACCGAACUCCAGCUUAAAGGAAUUAUUAAAUCAUACACGUUCCUUGGUAGUCCUUUGAAAGAAGAACAACACUUGGGAACCUGCAUACCAUAAUCUCAUUUGGUACCCUAUAAGAUUCUUUCACUGGCUGUAGGUGCAGAUGGGAAUUUCCGGUCUCGAGGGUAACUGUUUAGGCGGUUACGAGGCUCCAGCCGAGUGACCGCGUAAACAGUUACCCGAAAGCCGGAUAUUCCCAUCUGUACCUUCAGCCAGUGAUAGAAUCUUUUUCUUGCAUACCAUAUUCAACAAAGAAGAGUAAAAAAUAAAUUAAAACAAAUGAUUUUCAUAUAGCACUUUUUUCUUAUAGUAGCAUAUUAACAAAGCGCGGGAACUUCAAGUCCGUAAACAGGAAGUACGACAUGACAUUACAAAGACGAAUACAACGUAAGAGUUCUAAUUUGUUUUAUCAUCUGCAAUGAAACGUUAUGUUAUUACCUUAAAAUAACGUUUCUUGACUCGAGAAAUAUGAUAUAAGGAACAAAGAGGAACUAUCAAGGUAUCUAAUUUUUAUCCCGUUUUACGAAAAACAUUAUUACUACACACAUCUUCUGUACAUAUGUAGUUCGUUAUACGUCAUUUACAGCACGGGAGUCAUCUUACACCCCGGGGUGUAAGAUGGAGUUUUCCAGCACCGGUGAAAUCACCAGAAAUCCCCGUCUGGUAAGCAAGAAAAUAUCAUCUUCAACAUUUCAAUUACUUUCUAUAUUUCACAAUCUAUAUAUGAGCCGCACCAUGCGAAAACAAACAUAAUGCAUUUGCGACCGGCAUGGAUCCAGACCAGCCUGCGCAUCCGCGCAGUUUCUUUAAUUGCAAUAGGCUUUGAAAGCGAACAGCAUGGAUCCUGACCAGACUGCGCGGAUGCGCAGGAUGGUCUGGAUCCAUGCUGGUCGCAAGUGCACUAUGUUGGUUUUCUCAUUGUGCGGCUCAUGUUUGUCCUAAAAAUGUAAACUGUAAAAUUAUGACAUUUAAAACAAUUUAUAACAAAGUGUACAUAUCCUAUGAUGAUUUAUAAUCUGUGAGUGUAUCUGUUUAAAUAAUGUAUGUUGUAAUCUCUGAGUAAGAGGACAUAAAGAGAAUAUACUGUAUAUACAGAUUUACAAAUUUUAUUUUAUUUUAAUGAAUGAAUAAAGUGAUUUAGUGUGUA